AUGCUAUCAACAGGCAUAAGCAACUCAGCAACUAAAAUGUCAACAAGAACACCGCAACACACAGAUAUUUCUGCCAAACCAUCAAGCACCAGUCCAACAAAGACUGACAAAACACCAGCCAUUACAACAACCAAGGCACAUGCAACAAGUGCCAUUUUGAAAACUACAGCAAAAUCAACAAGUACUCCAAAAACAACUGAAAAGAAAACUACAACAACAACAGCCAAACCACUACCAACUACCCUAGCAUCUCUGGAUCCUCCCACAGAGAAAGAGGGAUUCCUUUAUCUAAAAUUUCGAAUAGUGCGGAUUUUCAUUCAAGAUUACAAAGAUAAAACAUCAUCUGCUUAUAAAGCACUGGAAAGAAAUGUAACAACUGAGCUUAAUCGGGGAUACAAAUACGUGUUCCAAAAUACAUUUCUGAGAGCGGUUAUCAUAAUUUUUUGGCCUGGCUCUGUGGGUGUAACGUCUCUGCUAAUUUUUCAAAACCAGAGUGUGGUCCCAAACAUAACAGAUAUAGAGGAUUCUUUAAAACAAACAAUUAAUCAAUCCAUUGUCAACUUGAAUGUCAUCACAUCCAGUAUUUCUGCUGAUCCACGAAAUGACACCACAUCGACCACCACUCAGAGUCUCACAACAGCGACUACAACAAUGGCAAGCAGUCAGUUUGCUACAGCUAUUACAUCUGCCAGUUCAGUGGCACGAAGCAGAAACAUUGAAGUGGUCACUUUCCUUCUUCUUUGUAACCUUACUAAAUUCUUAUUGAUAGAGCUUUAA